AAAGAGAGAGAAAGAACCAAGGAUUAAAAAAAGUGAAAGUGGGAUUUGCUGUCUAGUAAUAUGCAUCGUGGAUUGGGCCUCUAGGGAUUCCCUCAAUCUAUUCCCCUCCGUAUUCUAUUACCUAAAGGAAUGUUACGUAGUGAUGCCUCUCUUCUUUCUCGAACCUAGUGAGAUUCAUCUGUUUUUCUUUGCUUUUUCUUCUCUGUCUUCUUCUUCCAUUUUUUGAAUUUAUAUGUCUUCACUACUAAUUUAAAUCAUCCAACCCUUAACCCCGAACCAUCACGUGAAUUUAUUUCAUCUUAUUUACAAAGUGUUUAUUUUCUUAUAUAUUAAAAGCAACAACAACAACAAAAUAAAAAUAAAAAUAAAAUCCUAGUGCGCGUCGACCUCGACACUAAUUAAGUAAUUGCGGGCGGUAUUUAGACGAUUCACUUAAAUAAUUAAAUCUUUACUAGGACUACCAAGUAUUUAAAUCAAUCUCCCACAUUCCAUACUACCUGUUCUUUGUCUGUUUACUUGGUGAAAGAAAAUGCUGGGAAACUGUGAGAAAAUGGUGCUCAUCUCUUCAACUACUAAUGAAUGGACACAGAUAGAUGAUCCAAAAGGUAGCAGCUUCAACAACAACAUGGCUUCAGUAGCAGCAGCAGCCGCCGCGACAAUAGGAACUGAUAGAAUGGAUCAGAAAGUCGCAGUGAUUGCACAAGAUCAGCACCUCCAGCAGCAGCAGCAAAAACAGCAACAGCAGCAAAAACAGCAACAGCAUCAGCAGCAACAAUUACAGCAGCAGCAGCAAAAUCAGGAGGCAUUAAGAUGCCCGCGUUGCGACUCGACGAAUACAAAGUUCUGCUACUACAACAACUACAGCUUAACACAACCCCGGCAUUUCUGCAAGGCGUGUAAGCGGUACUGGACUAGAGGAGGUACUCUAAGGAAUGUUCCAGUAGGUGGUGGUUGCAGAAAGAACAAAAGAGUUAAACGACCGCCUAACAACAUCAAUAGUUGUUCUUCAAAUACAUCUAUUACUAAUAACAAUAGUUGUCUUGAAGCUUCUGUUAAUUCAGCUUCAUCUGCUGCUGCUGCUGCGGGGGGUGGUGGUGGUGGUGCCGGUACUGGGUUAAGCUCACUCUCAUCUGGAGGUCCUCAGAUUCAUGAUCUAAUAUCUUCGGGUUCGAACCAUCAUCACCAAUCAUUGUUGUAUGGGUUAACCAACAAUUCUGACAUUAAUUUUCCCUUUUCAAGAUAUGAUCUUCAAAACCCACCUCAAAUGAAUGGUGUUGGAUUAGGGUUUUCAUCUGGGUUGGUUCAUAAUAUGAAUAGUAUGAAUAUUCAUCAAACUCAAAAUACCAAACAAAUUUUCCAAGAUUUGAUCUCAUCAAACCCAUUAUUUUCCAACUAUAAUAACACAUCAACUUCCACUACUUCCACCACAACACCAUCCACUAUAUCUUCCCUUUUAGCUUCUAGCCUUCAUCAAAUGAAGGGGGCUAAUUAUAAUAAUAAUUUUCAGACAUUAUUGCCCUCUUAUGAAGAUGAUCUCAACAUGAAGGGAAAUGGGCAAAAUGGUCAUAAUGGUAGUGGAACGUUUACCAAGGAAGUUAAGAUGGAGUUUGAGAGGCAACAAAAUAGGUCAAUUGAUCAUCAUAAUCAAUGGAGUCAUACUCAUACUCAUAAUAUGAUUGAUCAUCACUCACAACCUUCGAUGGCGUCGCCGUCGUCGGAUCAAUCUAAUAUUAUGUGGGGUAAUGCAGGAGCUUGGCUUAGUCCUUCAGACAAUCAUGGUUCUUCUGUUCCAUCUUUGAUCUAAGCUAAGAACUCUUUUUUCAUCAUCUCCCUCUUAGUUCAAAAAAAAAAAAAAAAAAAGUUGGUAAGGCCUUUUUUUCUUAGAAAGUUAAUGGGAUUGGUCUAGUACUUGGUGAAUUUUUAUACCACAUACAAGGGGAAACUUAAUGGUAUACGGGAGUAUGUAAUUCGGUUUGGAUUGGAUUGGAUUGGAUCGGCGUGUUCAUGUCAGCAGCAGCUAGAUAUAGAGAAAGUGUUACAACCUUUCUAGGGGCUUUGCUUUGCAUUGGUUGAGCACUACUACUCGUACGUUUGCGCUGAGAGGAACCUCGGAUCCGAUAUCGCCUUCCGAAGACGAUGAUGACAUGGAUGCAAUGCAAUGCUCGUCUCAUCAACAACAACUGCACAUUGGGAAAUAGAGAGCUAGAGAUCCACUACUACUGGCACAACAGGAGAGGGUAUACUUUGAUGGAUGCAAUCAAUCAACUUUCAUAAGGUUAAUUCCCAAAUUAAUUAAAUUGAUGAGUUUUCAUUGUGAGUUUGUCUUCUUUGGUAUUAUGUAUAUAUAAAUGCAUCAUGACAUUGUUCUACUACAUUCCAUUGUACUUUGUUUAACUUAAAAUGAGUUAAUUUAGUUUUGUUGUUAAUUAGAGGGGUUGGGGUAUAUGGUAGAGGUCCUCAAUUAGACCUUUAAUUUAGAAUGAGGAACUGAUACAUUUUUCUUUUAUUUUUUUUAUUGUAACUUUUUUUUUUUUUUUUUUUUUUUUUUGGUGUUUAUUUUUUUUCUUUUGUGGGGAAAGGUUUGGUAUAAUGGUAUAGUAAAAGAGGGAGAUUGGUUAUUCAAUGUGGUUGUUUUGAAUUAUUGAACUUAAUUAUGUCCUUGUGAUUCCUUUUUA